CGUUGGUUGUUUAUACAGUACCGAGUGCUGUUGAAGCUGUGGAUUAGUUUAACAUUAUUGUAGAUUAUAUUCUGAAUAAAGCAGUGAGAAUCUGAGUUGCCAGGAUGGGAUGUGAUGGUGGAACUAUACCGAAAAGACACGAACUGGUUAAAGGACCAAAGAAAGUGGAAAAAGUGGACAGAAAUGCUGAGCUGGCUGCCAAGUGGAAAUACUGUGCUCUAAGCCAAGAGAAGCUGAGGCGUCCCAUUGUGUCUUGUGAACUUGGCAGGUUGUAUAAUAAAGAUGCCGUCAUCGAGUAUUUGCUGGAUAAAUCAGCAGAAAGACCAAACGCUGACAUCGUUGCACACAUACGUGGCAUCAAGGAUGUAAAAGAGUUGAAUCUGACAGAUAACCCAGCCUGGGAAGGUGAGAGGAGGAACACUAAGGGUGACUGCUAUGAGGACAUACACUGUGCCAUGUUUAUCUGCCCUGUAGUCGGACUGGAGAUGAAUGGAAAGCACAAGUUUUGCUACCUGCUGACCUGUGGCUGCGUGUUCUCAGAGCGGGCUCUUAGGGAGGUCAAGACAGAGAUCUGCCAUAAGUGUGGCGAUCCCUUCUGCGAAGAUGACAUAGUGGUGCUGAACGGGAGCAAAGAGGAGCAAGAGAAGUUGCAGAAGGCAAUGGAGGAGAGGAGGGCCAAAGCUAAAACAGCAAAGAAGUCAAAGAAAAACAAGUGUGCUGAGACGGUUUCCAAACCAGAAACGAAAGAGUCUGAGCCUAAACUGCCAUCAGCGAAUGGAGAGAGCAGCAAAGACUCAGCUCCAGGACCAUCUGGCUCUUCUAAAACAGUGAAACCCAGUGCUGUGUCUGGGACUAAAAGAUCCAUCCAGAAAAUGGAAGAGAAGUCCGAAGCCUACAAAUCUCUCUUCACUUCUCACAGCUCUGCCAAGCGCACCAAAGACCAGAUGUCCAACUGGGUCACCCACACCCCCUACCACUUCUGAGAUCUACUUUUUUUAGGGUGGAGGAAGCGCCUUCUAGUGGUGAAGAACACUUUCUCUUCAUUUUCUUACAGAGCUUUAUUUCUUUUAAGCUCAUUAUUGGUUGCAUUUUAAGCUUGUGUGUUAAUGAAUGUUUAAUCUAAUUAAGUAAUUGGGUUUGUCAUAAUAAUACAUCCUUCCUCUAAAAAUCUUUUUUGCAAAGCAUUUUCCUUUGUUUUAUUUCACUAGGUGCGAUAUUUGUCAGACAAAACCUGUAGCCUUAGUACAUGUAUCAUUGACUUUAUUAUUUACCUUUUAUUAUGUUAUUGUUACUGUAUAAUAAAACAUCAUGAGUGUUUAAA